GCUGGCGAUCACGUGACUCAAAAUUUGAGUAUAGGGACGUUGCAACAGCCAGUUGGCGGGAGUCAGUAUAACCGUUGUUCUUCGUCCAUAAACUUAUACUGUCAUCAUGCCGGGUGGUAAAGCUGGAAAAGAUUCCGGAAAGGCGAAGGCAAAGGCCGUUUCGCGAUCUGCCCGGGCAGGAUUACAGUUUCCUGUCGGCCGUAUUCACCGACAUUUGAAAACCCGAACUACAAGUCACGGCCGUGUUGGAGCAACAGCGGCAGUAUACAGUGCAGCAAUAUUAGAAUACUUGACUGCAGAAGUACUCGAGCUGGCAGGCAAUGCUAGUAAGGAUCUUAAGGUGAAGCGAAUCACACCGCGUCAUCUCCAGCUCGCCAUCCGUGGUGACGAGGAGCUCGAUUCCUUAAUCAAGGCAACGAUCGCGGGCGGAGGUGUCAUCCCACAUAUCCACAAAUCUCUGAUUGGCAAGAAGGGAUCUCAGAAAGCUGCGUAAAACGUGAAUCUAGACUAUUGCUUUGUCACCCUCUUCGCUGUAAAAAGCUUAUGAAAUCAACCAGCACUUGAAACUGCCGCCAUUAUUUUGUCGUCUUUGAAGACUGACCGUCCCCUGUACCAGGGAGACCGGGGUAUUUAGUAGUGUCGAGUUUACGCGUGUGUGUGUGUGUGUGUGUGUGUGCCGAUCGACAAUGUUUUCUCCAGAGGCAAAUCCUUGCAGAGUUACGCCGGCGUGUGUCGGACACGGAGGCGACAACACGUGACGUCACCACCGGUGGUGCUGUUGUUCUGACGCGGGCCUUAUCAAAACGAAACUGUUACAGUAGCCGUAGAUCAUAUCUCUGGUGAUCGAUCAGGUGGUCGCACCCCAUUGUAUAUAGCUGUAACUUGGUUCAAUUUUAGAUUGCAACAUUUGUGUGGUAUACCUACUCUUUUUGGCCGGAACAAAUUUUUCAGUUGAACCUAACGAGGUUUGCCUCAAAUGUCGUGUAACAUACAUAUUUUUAGUAAUCCAUCUUAGUCUUCAUUGUAAGUCCCUGAGAUUUGUGAAUCGGUUUGAGAUGGGUUUGUGUUUGUCUAUUGUCUUGUGCGUGUGUGUGUAGAAAUGAAUGUAUUUUGUCCAAGGUACGUCCUUGUCCGUGCUUAUUUGACAGAUGAUCGGAAACAUUUAACUGCAGAUCUUGUAGGUUUUUCCUUUUUCGGUAGCUUUCUGGCAUUGUAAAAGUUUGCGCGGAGGUCUGCAGGUAGCUUCGUUUCGAUUGUCACUGUCCCCUAGGCCUUUAAUGUAAGGUUUAUAGGUUUUUAAUCUUAAACUUAAAAAACUUCAAUUGAAAUAAAUAAAUAUUAGUCCAUCCAUGUGAAGAUAUUUCAUCAUUCCUGUGUGUUUAUAGCGGUAGACAUCUAGUAUUUGUUUCACUGCCACCACUGAUUCCAGUGAAUGUUAUCUCAAGUUUGGAUUAGGACUGGAAAUGGUGGUGACCAUACUGAAACUGUCAUUAUAUAGUUGGCAAACUGUGCAAAGAUUUCUAGAUUGUUCUUGUGUAGCCAUAAAUAUAAGUUAGCGUACAGUAUUUUGUUAAAGUAAUUUCAAAUCAAUUGUUUUUAUGUAUGCAAUUGAAUCGAAUUAUUCUGCUGAUUUUUAUAAUGAAGCAAUAAUGGCAAAAAUGUACUGACCGUGCAAGCUCCAACUGGAAGUUCAGAACACUGUUAUACUACUGCAUUAUCAACUCACUAGUUUUACCAGAUGUGUAACUUUUUAAUUCCAAGGUAAAAAUAUAAUACCACAAAUUUUUGUAUAAAAA